AUGCAGAAGUAUGAAGGUGUCAAAGAAGGACCUAAACCCAAUGAUAUCAUUCAGCUGAUGCGUAUUGAGCACAGAUGCAAGAUCUCUUACGAUCUAGCAUGGGAGGCACAUGAGUUUGCUGUCAAUUAUGUGAGAGGAAUACCUGAGGAGAGUUAUGCAAAAAAUACCAAGUCUAUAAGAGGGUUCUACAAAGCCAUGCGACGGGUAAUCGUUAUUGAUGGUACAUUCUUGAAGAAUAAAUACAAAGGAACACUACUAGUUGCUACAGCUUUAGAUGGUAACUCGAAUUUGUAUCCACUAGCAUUUGGUGUGGUUGAUUCAGAGAAUGAUCUAUCAUGGGAAUGGUUUUUGAGGCAGCUACAUGUUGUUAUUGAGGAUGAUUACGAUAUGGCCUUCAUCUCAGACAGGAAUUUGUCCAUUGGCAGACUACUUCCUAUAGUUUACCAACGAGCUACUCAUGGAAUUUGUAUUCACCACUUGCUGAACAAUGUCAUCUCUUAUCUACAUGGAAAAGGUGUGGCUGCUUUGGUUGCAAAGGCUUCUAAAGCAUACAAAAUUGCUGAUUUUCAGACGAUGAUGACUGAUAUCGUUAAGAACAGACCGGAUGUGGGGAAGUAUCUUGUGAAAGCUGAUGUGAGAAAGUGGGCUCGCUGUCUAUUUGUUGGAUACAGGUAUGAUGUUAGGACAACUAACCCCGCUGAGUCGUUGAAUUCAGCAUUGAGAUCACCUAGAGAGUUCCCGGUAAUCCCUCUACUAGACAGCAUUAGAGAAAUGUUGACAAGGUGGUUCUUUAAGCGUAGAACAUUGAGCUCCAAGCAUACCCACCUUCUAACCGUUGCUGUUGAGAAGAAGAUUACAAGAAGGACGGAAAAGGGUAAAGCAUUCACGGUUCAGCAAGUAGAUGCAACUCGAUUUGUGUUGGGAGGUGACAUCUACGAAUGUGUGGUUGAUUUGGCGAAGCGAACAUGUACAUGCGCCAAGUUUGAUCUGCAGAAAAUUCCAUGUAGGCAUGCGAUCCCAGAAAUUUUUGCAAUUGGAAAGCAACCACAUGAAUUCACAGAUGAGCUGUGGAAAACUGAGUUAUGGAGAGUUGGGUAUGAAGAAGCAGUAAAUCCAAUAGGUGUUCCUGAGGAUGCAUGGAGUGUCUCCCAAGUUGUUGAUGAAGAGAUUGUUUCUUGUCCAGAAUCACGCAGAGCUGCUGGUAGGAGAAGAAAGAGACAGUUUGAAUCGGUUGAGGACAAGAUUAGAUCGCAGCAAAGGAAGACACACAAGUGUAGUCGAUGUGAUAAUCCAGGCCACAAUAGAGCAACAUGUGACAUGCCAAUCUAG